GUUGUACCAAUCAACUUUGCUCAAGCAGGCGACCGACGCGACGGAGGCGGGACCCUUCCCAUCCAUCUUGCUUGCUUACCACCAUGUUGUCAAGGCAGGUCUUCAGGCGCUUUCCGCACUCAGUGCCGAGGACCAGGCUAGUCCGCGCUGUCCCGUCAGCUCUCCAUCGUGAACUGGCGACCGCGGCGCCGCCGCCUUCGCCCAACGACCCGUUCGCGAAUGGCACGAAUGCGUACUACAUCGAGGAGAUGUACCGACACUGGAAGCAGGACCCGAAGUCGGUACACGUAUCCUGGGAUGUCUACUUCUCCGGCAUGGAGAAGGGUCUCCCGAGUCAUAAAGCCUUUCAACCUCCACCACAGUUGAUUUCUCCGCCCGCAGGCGGUGCGCCUGCCUUACACGCUGGCGUAGGAGGAGGAGAACUCGACGACCACUUGAAGGUGCAAUUACUUGUCCGCGCAUACCAAGUGCGAGGACACCACAUUGCGGAGCUGGACCCACUGGGAAUCCUGGAUGCUGACUUGCAAGAUGUGCACCCGCCUGAGCUCGAGCUCAGUCAUUUCGGUUUUACCGAACGCGACCUCGAUAAGCAGAUUACCCUCGGCCCCGGGAUUCUCCCUCAUUUCGCCACAGAAAACCAGAGAACUAUGUCGUUGCGGGAUAUCAUCAGAAUCUGCAAGCGUAUAUAUUGCGGUGCCGUCGGUAUCCAGUAUAUUCACAUCCCAGAUAAGGACCAGUGUGACUGGAUUCGGGAACGCAUCGAGAUCCCGAAGCCUUGGAACUACACCGUCGAGGAGAAGCGCAUGAUUCUUGACCGGCUGAUCUGGUCGGAGUCAUUCGAGAAGUUCAUCGCUAGCAAGUUUCCCAAUGAGAAACGGUUCGGUCUGGAGGGGUGUGAGGCUCUGAUUCCAGGAAUGAAGGCUUUGAUCGAUCGGUCCGUCGACCAUGGCGUGAAGCACAUCACGAUCGGUAUGCCUCAUCGUGGCCGUCUGAAUGUACUCGCGAACGUGGUGCGGAAGCCCAUAGAGGCCAUCCUCAACGAGUUCACCGGAACUGCUGAUCCCGAUGAUUGGCCUGCUGGUGAUGUGAAGUACCACUUGGGUGCCAACUAUGUUCGUCCGACACCGUCCGGCAAGAAGGUCUCUUUAUCCCUUGUCGCUAACCCGUCACAUCUGGAAGCCGAGGACCCGGUCGUCCUCGGUAAGACCAGGGCCAUCCAGCACUUCGAAAACGAUGAAGCAACCCAUGCUACCGCGAUGGGUGUCCUCCUUCAUGGUGAUGCUGCGUUCGCCGGCCAGGGUGUUGUGUAUGAGACCAUGGGCUUCCAUAACCUUCCCAACUAUGGUACUGGAGGAACCAUCCACAUGAUUAUCAACAAUCAGAUUGGGUUUACAACUGAUCCCCGGUUUGCUCGGUCCACACCCUACCCAUCUGAUAUUGCGAAGGCGAUCGACGCUCCCAUUUUCCACGUAAAUGGCGAUAACGUCGAAGCCGUCAACUUUGUCUGCCAGCUCGCCGCAGACUGGCGUGCCAAGUUCAAGAAGGAUGUCGUGAUCGACAUCGUCUGCUACCGGCGUUAUGGACACAAUGAGACCGACCAGCCCAGCUUCACGCAGCCGCGUAUGUACAAGGCUAUCCAGAAGCAGCCGUCUCCUUUGACCAAGUACACCAAGUUCUUGGUUGACCGCGGGACGUUCUCGCAAAAGGACAUCGAAGAGCACAAGAAGUGGGUGUGGGGAAUGCUGGAGAAGGCAGCUGCGGGUGCGAAGGACUACGUUCCAACCAGCAAGGAGUGGCUGUCUGCGUCCUGGCAAGGAUUCCCUUCGCCGAAGCAGCUGGCCGAGGAGACACUGCCCACUCGCCCUACUGGUGUGAAGGCGGAGACGCUGCAGCAUGUUGGCAAGAUCAUCUCCUCCUAUCCUGAAGGUUUCAACUGCCACCGCAAUCUCUCGCGUAUCUUGUCUGCUCGUGGCAAGACCAUCGAGGAGGGCCAGAACAUCGACUGGUCGACCGCGGAAGCGCUCGCUUUCGGUUCUCUUGUCUUGGAGAAGAUCCAUGUGCGCGUAUCUGGCCAGGAUGUCGAGCGUGGAACUUUCUCGCAACGUCACGCUGUCUUGCACGACCAGGAGAACGAGUCGCAGUACAUCCCGCUGAACAACUUGGGUUCGAACCAGGCUCGCUUUGUCAUCUGUAACUCGUCUCUGUCGGAAUUCGGCUGCCUCGGUUUCGAACUUGGUUACUCGCUCGUGUCGCCGGACGCUUUGACUAUUUGGGAAGCUCAGUUCGGUGACUUUGCCAACAACGCGCAGUGCAUCAUUGACCAGUUCAUAGCUUCUGGUGAACGGAAGUGGCUGCAGCGUACCGGCCUUGUCAUGAGCAUGCCCCACGGUUACGAUGGUCAGGGUCCUGAGCACUCAAGUGGAAGGAUCGAGCGGUUCCUGCAACUCUGUGAUGACCACCCCAAUGUUUUCCCUACACCGGAAAAGAUUGAGAGGCAACAUCAGGAUUGUAACAUGCAAAUUGUCUACCCAACGACCCCCGCCAACUACUUCCACGUCCUUCGUCGCCAGAUCCACCGUGACUUCCGGAAACCGUUGGUCGUCUUCUUCUCGAAGUCCCUUCUCCGUCAUCCGCAGGCGCGUUCCACGCUCGAUGAACUCACGGGUGACUCGCACUUCCUCCGGUACCUUCCCGAGGCGCAGCCCGAUUCGCUUAAUCCACCAGAGCAGAUCAGGCGUCAUAUUCUGUGCACAGGUCAAGUGUACCAUGCCCUUCUGCAGGAGCGUGAGCGUAGGGGUAUCAAGGAUGUUGCCAUCAGUCGACUUGAGCAGCUCUCGCCGUUCCCGUAUGAUUUGAUCACCCCCGACCUUGACAGGUACCCCAACGCCGACCUGCUUUGGUGCCAGGAAGAGCCUUUAAAUAACGGUGCUUGGACUUACGUUGGUCCUCGCAUCUUGACUGCCGCGAACGAGACCCAGCACCACAAGGGCAAGUACCCCUUGUAUGCCGGCCGUGACCCAACAAGCUCCGUCGCCACUGGUAGCAAGGUUCAACACAAGAAAGAGGUUGAAGCCUUCCUCAACGCUGCCUUCGCUGAGUGAAAUAUGGACUGUCCUAUCUGCGCCUAGCAUAAUGCAUUGCAUCGUGAAUCGUGUAACUCUUAUAUGGCUUCUUAGUGUCGAUAAUGAAAGUGGGGUUAGAUCUCACUACCGUUCCUUACAAUGAAAAGGGGUUUUGUCUUCCAGAUCAUGUUCGGCAAUCCUACGAAUGGUACAACGGACUCAAUAUCAAUUGCUGCCAGCUGCGACUGUGGUGACUAUUACUGAGGGAUAUAAACAAGUGUUGUUGUAAUGUACAGAUAGGUCGGCAGGAUGACCGCGCCCCAAUGAUUAUGCGAAGAUAGUUUGUUUCUUUCUAGGCCGAGUGUCACCACCCGUGGGUUCGGUCUCUAUUGGUUUGUCCUUAAAGUCAAGCAGACCAUACAAGGAUGCAAUUUGGUCGCCCUUCUGUUCAAGGAUGUCAAUGACAUCUCGCAGAUGGUCCGCCAGUACGUUUCGUUUUGCUACAUCCGAGGCGGGGUCCAUGUCCUUAUAUUGGUCGGCCAGCUCCACGUAUACGCCCUUGUAGUGUGUGAAGUCUUCUUCCAGUUCUCUUACAACACGUGCAAGCACGGUCUGAGGGGGCAAAGACUCGCGAG